AACACAGUAGACUUCCAAUAUGGCUGAAGAAUGGUUUUAACAAGUUGGCCCACCUUAUGAUAUACUUCUACGCGCCUUGAUGCCAAAGUAUUCUGCUAGUGAUUGGACGGUAUUUUGCAAAAAAAAAUCGGUUUGUGUCGAAUAUCAUUCUACAGAAAAAGUAAUUCGUGAAUUUAGUGUCUGUAAUAACAGUUGAAUUCCCAACAUCUUGUUUCACUAUUUUGCCAUCUCAUCUGUUCGUAGUCGCUAUUACUGAAUUGCACAAGCGAAAAAAAAUACAGCUGAAGAAUGGUGAAAAUGGACGAUUUCAAGCUUUCCUGCGAGCUAACCGGUCAUAAGCUGGAUGUUCGCGCAGUAGCCGAAGGGAAAGGUAUCAUUGUCUCCGGAUCUCGUGAUAAAACUGCGAAGGUAUGGAGUCCUCUCGACGGACGUUACUCCGAAACCGAAACGCUGAGCCAUCACUCUAACUUUGUGGCUGCCGUGUUGGUAAUUGAGGAAAAUGAUUGGAUUUGUACGGCCAGCAACGACGCCACCAUCUGUGUGUACAAAUAUCCGAGCGCGAUGGAACCGUUUAUCGUGCUGAAGGGUCAUACUUCAACGGUUUGUGCGCUGGCCAAGGGAAGCAGCCCGAAUGUGCUGAUGUCCGGGAGUUGGGACAAAAGUGCGAAAAUUUGGACCGACAUUUCCUCGUCCCAAUCGAGCAUGACUCUGGUCGGGCAUGAAGCGGCCGUUUGGACUGUGGCGAGACUUCCGUCGGGAAAAUAUAUCACAGGAUCUGCCGAUAAAAGCAUCUUUGUUUGGAAUGAUAAAGGCGAAAAGUUGGUUGUGCUGCUAGGUCACAAAGACUGUGUGCGGGGGCUGUGUCCUUUGCCAAGAGGUGGUUUCCUAAGCUGCUCGAAUGAUGCAACGAUUCGAUACUGGGACGAUACAUACGAAUGUAUGCGAGAAUUCCACGGCCAUACAAAUUACAUCUACAGCAUUUCAAGGUGCGACUUUUGGGGAGAAGAUGUGUUUGUCACCAGUGGAGAGGACAGUACCAUCCGAAUGUGGAGUUUGAAGGAAGGUGCAUUAGGGGAAGCCAUGCAUCUUCCGGCCCAAUCGGUUUGGUCCGUGGUUGCCCUACGUAACGGAGACAUCGCGACCGGCACUAGUGAUGCAAUUGUUCGGGUUUUUACAACAUGUAGCGACAGAGUGGCCUCUCAGGAAAUACUAGAUGCCUACAAGGUGGCGGUGGAUGUUCGGAUCAACGAGAGCAGCAAGCAGCUAGGAGAUAUGAAUGUGAAUGAGAUUCCUGGGCCUGAAUCAUUACUCUCGAAGGGUCGCACAGGGCAAACCCGAAUUGUUCGUCACUCCGAUGGCAGAAUAAUGUGUUAUCGGUGGGAUGACGACAAUUGGGAUUGCGUGGGAGAUGUUAUGGGGGCUACAGGAGGGGAAAAAGAUAAGAUGUACGAAGGACGAGAGUACGAUUUUGUCUUCAACGUGAAUCUCUCGGAUGAUGCACCAAAUCUUAAGCUGCCCUAUAAUCGAGGCCAAGAUCCUUGGUUGGUGGCGCAACGCUUUAUCCACAAGCAUAAUCUUCCCCAGGGCUAUCUCGAUCAAGUAGCAAAUUUUAUAACAAAAAAUGUUGGCGAUGCGCAAAUAAAGUCAGCGGCUCGGCCUGGGACCACUGCGGAUCCUUUUACUGGAGCUUCUCGGUAUGUUCUGGGAUCGGGUUCAAGCUAUCAACCCGUGUCUGCCAAUACAGAUCCAUUCACCGGAGGCUCUAGCUAUACAACUCAAACACCUAAUGUUGGCACAUCAAAUGGUGGCAAUGUUCCAGCUGCGGCUAAUGCGGAUCCUUUUACGGGUGAUUCAAGUUAUUCUACCGGAUCAACUGAGACGAAGAAAGUCAACUCACAUUUUCCACACAGACAUUUCGUAACGAUAGAAAAGGCCGAUCUGGGCAAGAUUCUUGUGAAAUUGAAGGAACUUAAUGGAAAAAUUGAAGACAAAAGUCUCCAGAUGUCGGAAGACACUCUGAGUGAUAUUGUUCAGUACGUUAGUGACAUAACGAAGGAAUCGGAGCAAAAUUCCACCUGUAUCACGGCGCUGAAAUAUUUGUUUACGUGGCCUACCGAAAAGAUUUUCCCAGUGAUGGAUAUAACGCGUUUAGUGGUGUGCAACCCGAAAGCAUGCCAGGAACUAUUCGAAGGAGACUUCAUAAGUACGCUGCUGUCUCAUGUGAAUCAUCUACAGGCCAAUCAAAUGAUGGGUGCUCGGUGCUUUGCCAAUAUGAUUCCGCAUGCCGCUGGACGGAACGUAGUUCUGGAAAAUAUUCGUCCGAUCGUGGAUAAACUUUCGUCAAUCAAGGUCGGUAGCGCGAAUCUCCAAUUGGCAUUGGCAAGCCUUUACCUGAACCUGUCGAUGACUCAGCUGGAAAAGCCGUCGCUCGAUUUUUGCAAUGUGUUCUCCGACGCUAUUGCACAGUUCCUCAGUUGGGCAACGGAUAAUGAAGCCGUCUAUAGAGGCUACCAGGCACUGGGGAACUUGAUGUCCACGACGCCAGGCACUCUGGUGGCUAACCAUUUGAAGAGCAAUAACGAUCUGAUAGACAAAAUCUUGGUCAAUAUCAGCACUGAAACCAGUGGAUUUGCCAAGUUGAAUGAGUGCGCUAGCUACCUUUAUGAGUUAUUGGCUUGAGGAGAGCAUGUUAUAUCUUCUUCUUUCUUUGUUUUUAAGAGGCUUUAAACUUUGCAGUUCAUUCGCCUCUAAGCGCAUGUUAUAUCGACUAAAUUGUUCGGAUUGUAGGGAAUACACUACCGUUUUGUAGCAGCAAAUUUCAGCAGCUCAAACUGCAAAUGUAAUUAAGUUUCAAUAUAACAUAACUUAAAAACAAUAUCGUUUUAGUUUCCUACUUACCUACUUUUCCAAAGAUAGUUUCUCCUUUUUUCCUCCUACAACGAUUCGAUCAAUUCGUACUCAAACACUAGCCUGCAUAUAAUGUCAAUUAUUAUUACCCAAAACAGUGAUAAGUAAGUGACAUCAACUUACCAGUAAACUUUUAGUAGUUUACUAUUUCUCUAGUUUAUUGUUACUAGUGAAUUGAUUUCCACUUUUUAUUCGGCUCGGUGUAACCUAAAUUCGGAAAGUUUGCGUUCGAUCAGGUUACUGAUAUAAUUAUCACUUUUUUUUUCUUUUUUUUUGAGACUUUCAGCCUCCUGGGCUGGUUUGUCUCAGUAAAAACGGCCGAAACCAUGCCGCAAAGUGCGCUUACUAUCCAUUUUACAUGCACAUACGGACAAGCAAUUAACAAUAAAACACAACAGAUUUCGUCACGAGAAUUUCUACGCAUUUUAGCUUUUUUUCCCCUGGUUUGACGAGGAUGUCCGCUUGUCAUGGCCCCAGGCCACAGAUGGGGAAUCCGCGCCACUCGAAGAUGCCGACUGUUCUUGUUCCCCUUAUCGCGAAGGGGAAGGAACAAGGAUCUUCGAUUUAAUCACAAGUUUUUUGUUCAAAUUUUAAAGUACAGAUCGGCAUCUUUCAAAAAACAGAGCAGUGCAGUAGUUUGUGAAGGGCCGUCGCCAAGCACAUCUCGAAAGCUCCCGCUGAUCCCGUGUGAGUUCCGGAGGUUCUCAUACUUUGGGCAAAUACAGAGGAUGUGUUCGACUGAAUUGCGAACCUCGCACAAGUCACAAAGGGGAUGAAAGGGUCCUCUGUUGAAGUUGUGUGACAUGUUGCAGUGGCCGGUUCUUAACCUGGAUAAGAUUUGUUGCUCUCUCAUCGUUUUGACGUCUUCGAAUCUGGAGAUGGAUCCUUUGAUUCUCCGGAGGAACAACGUCGCUUCAACGGACCAUUUUUCCACCCAAAAAGUUUUGAAUGUGUUGGCGAUCCAUAGUCUGAUGUCGUCUAGCGGUACUUUGCGCGUCAAAAGUUGUCCAAGGUGACCGAUUCCAGCAAAACGGUCGGCCGCUUCAUUGCCGGCUAUGCCACUAUGUCCGGGGACCCACAUGAGGACUGUAUCCGGCAGCAGAUACCUCCUGAUAGCUUGUAUCCAUGGGUGCCUAGUUAUAGCCGCUCCAACGGCAUCGAUGACGCUAGCCGAGUCGGUAACUAUCAGGAUCGAUUUGCUUGACGGUAUAGUGGCAGCUUCAAAUAUUCCGGCAGCUUCGGCCGAGAAAACCUGGCAAAUGUCGACGAGCUUCUUGCUGGAAAUAAGAGAGUUAUUAUGACCGCUUACUCUGAAACCAACUCCUUGUAUCCCUUUGGAACCGUCCGUGUAGCGAAUUUCAUAAUUUUGAUAUUUUCUUGAGACAAUUUCGACAAAGGUUUGCUCCAGACCCACAGAGCUUGCCCCAGCUCGAAAGUUGUUCCUGAUUGUAUCAUCCACUUGGACCACCGGCAACCUCCAGUCGUUAGUCCCAAACGAAAGCUGUUUAGCUAUCGAUGGGAGGUUUGAGUGUGUCACCUGCUGCAAGAUUUCGUUCGUUAAAACAGUCAGGUGUGUCUCCUUACCUCCGCUGGUUUUAGCGAGAAAGCUCGCAGUUCUGGAAACUAUCGCCGCUCCACAAAAAUGUCAAACGGAGGUUCUCCUAUUUCGGCGCAUACCGAGGCUGCUGGUGUUGAUGGUAGCAGACCAGAGAUAAUCCGUAGUGCAUUGUUGUAAAUCGGUGAUAGAGUUUUUAGGAGUUUAUCUCUGGCCAGGCAUGUCACUUCGAGACCGUAGGUGAGGCGGCUAUUGAUGCUGGCUUUGGCCACCCGUAAACGGAUCGUUCGGUUGUUACUCCGGUGAGGUUUGGAGAUGGUUUUUAAGAGGUUUAACCGGGUGGCACAGCUUUUCUUCACCUCGUCGAAAUGGUGCUGGAAGUUCAGGUUGCAAUCGACCACCACUCCCAGGAUUCUCAACGUUCUACGGCGGGGAAUGCGGUCGUUGUAGAUUUUGACUCCCGAAUUGCAACCUUGGUGUUUGUGACUGCAUACCACCAUGUGACCACUCUUUUGCGCCGAAAGUCGAAAAACUCGUUCGACAGCCCAUUUACCGAUAGCAUUGGUAGCUGCCUGGAUCUUGAUGCGUGGUGCCCUGUGCGUGUUCCCCACCACUACCAAAAGGAUGUCGUCCGCAUACGUGAAUACGCAUACUCCCUUCGGUAUAACCCGGAACAGGCUGUUCAUCGCUAUCAGGAAGAGGGUGACGGCUAAGACGGAACCUUGAGGUACACCAGUUUCUUCAUGAAAGCGCCUGGAGCUGGUGUUCCCGACUUUUACCUCAAAGGUCCGGUUUGUCGCGAAGUUUUGAACAAAGUGCAGCAGGUUGCCGUGUACCCCCCAGUCAGCCAGUGUUUUAAGAACUAAUGGAAUCCAGGUUCGGUUGUACGCCUUCUCUAGAUCCAUGGCUACCAUCUCCAGAUGCUGUCGAUUUUUUCUGGCCUCAGCUACCACCUCUCCAAGGGAUGCGAAAUACGUGUUUGUGCCCAUCCCCGGUCGAAAGGCAAACUGUCGGCAGUCCAACUUCUUGUUUUCGGUCAGGUAGGUGACGAGCCGUCGGUUCGCCAUCCUCUCUAGGGUCUUGGACGUACAGGAGGUCAAGGAUAUUGGCCGGUAUCCUUUCACGGAGCAGCUGUUCUGGCCGACUUUGGGGAUGGGGAUCACAAUACUAUGUCUCCAUUCCGCUGGGAAGUCGUGCUUCAACCAGAGAUCAUUAAAAAUGUCGAGGAGAGUGGUUUGACCUAACGGGGACAGCUGCUUGAUCAUCUUAUAACCGAUGUGAUCGAGACCAGUGGACUCCCCUUUGGUGGAGCGCAGAGCGACGACGAGUUCUUCGACGGAGAAGGGUUUGUUGAACGGUUUUCCAACCCGAUCAUUCGGAACCACGAAUCGAUCGACUGAGUUCGUGUCCGCUUUUUGUUGUCGGAUGAACUCGGAAUCGUAUCCCGAAAUCGAGGACAGUUCAGCGAAAUAUUCCCCUAGCAUGUUCGCGGUGUCGACUGGAUCGCUGUAGGUCGUGCCAUUCGCUUGCAGGAUAGGGGUUUGGAAUCUUCUUUUCCCAUUCAGCGCGUUAACACGUCUCCAUAGGUCCGCAGAUGACUGACUUUCGUUGAUGGAUUCCAGGAAGCCGGUCCAGCUGUCUAGUUUGGCCCGUCUCACUAUUCGCCUCACCCUUAUGUGCUGCGCUCGGUAUCUGUUCAUUGCCGUUUCUCUCUCCGGACCAUCGUGCCGGAUUCGUUUUGUCGCACGCAGGAACUUCCUCCGUUUCUUGAUUUCUUUUUUGAUGUCCUCAGACCACCAGUGCAGCGCUCUCUUUCCAGGGUUGGGCUUUGUUUUAGGGAUGGCGGAUUCUGCUACCUCGGUGAUGAUUUCGUUGAGCUUCUGCAUGGAGGUCGGGUUGUCUCGGGCGAUCAGGUGGCUGGAGGAAGCCCUGUAGAAAUCCCAGUCAGCUUUGUCGAAAAUCCACUUUGAUCUUCGGGUGGAUUGAGGCGGCGGUGCGUUGAGGAUAAUUGAAAUCGGAUAAUGGUCACUUCCGUGUAGGUCGUCUGCUUUAUUCCACCCCAGUUUACCUACCAAAUCAAUACUGGCUGCGGAAAUGUCGAUGGCUGAACUGCUACAACUUCGACAGAAGGUGUCGGUACCGUCAUUCAGGACCGAGAGCUCCAACGAUUCGAAAAAAUCAGCGAUGAUGUUCCCCCUUACGUCCGUUGCUUGCAUCCCCCAGUUGUGGUGGUGAGCGUUGAAGUCCCCCAGAACGAUUUUAGGAUCCUCCAAGCUCUCAAGCACCUCUAGCAGUUUGCGUCUCAAAUCCGGGAUUUUGCCACAUGGUAGGUAAACGGAGACAAUAACUACCGGAAUUGGAGAUUCUAUUCUGACCGCAAUUAUCGGUAGGUCGGUGUUGAUCUGCUUGCGCUUAUGGGGGAUGCUCUUCUUGACGCCCAAAGCCACGGAAUGUUGUAAUACGGAGCCCAGCUUUGUGUACCAUUGGUAUUUACCGCCGAGGAUCUUCUGGACGUUCGUUGGAGACACUCUGAAAAAUUUCUCUAUUGAAAGAAAAAUUUUAACGCUUUCGCGUGAGUUCUGUUACAAUACUAAAAAAUUUAUUCAAAAGUUUCACAAUAUAUACAUGGUUCCUUAAACUAAGAUUGACGAGGAACAUCUCCUCUCUCUCUCUUGAAAACCGAUAACAUAUCGGUUUCGUUUAGAUCAUCUACCUUCCUUGUCCCUUCUUCUAGCGUAUGGUAACGUGCAGUCUGAGACGGCUGCACUACCCUAAGAAAAUACCUUAAGUUUAUAGCACCUCGUCGGUGCGCCUAUCUUAUUCUUGGAUUUCCCCUUUCCAUCCUUCGCUCUAAAUAACAUCCUUUUAUUUUAUUACACCCUGCUGGUGUAUCUGGCUGAGCGCAGCUAGGGAUGGAAAAGGGUAAUAAAAAUGCAUCCUAAAUGAUGCAUGCAUUAAAUUGUUUACCGGACGCUAUUUAAAUAUUCGUCCAUUCUGAAUUUAUGACCGGCAAUAAUUUCGAACUACAAGCGUUUUCUAGCCUAACAAAACACUUGAGCUCUUACAUCUUUUAAUUGCCUUACAUUGGUCCUUUCUAAACGUUUCUAUACCUCGCUUGGAGGUCUUUUCUAAAUAUAAUCUCAAAU